AUGCAAGCACUGAGAUCUCCCUUCAAUCCGGCCGGCACCGUCCCAGACCUUCACAUCUUUGCAGACGCAAGCCCGCGGGCCUACGGAGCGGUUGCGUACGUACGCACCCACAAGGCUCCCGGGGGUGUCAGCUCCCAUCUGCUCAUCGCCAAAGGUCGCAUUGCACCAUUGAAGACGUCACGGGUCACGUUGUGGACGGACUCUCAGAUUGCACUGCACUGGAUAAAGAAUGAGAAGAUGACUCAGUCGCAGAAUCCUCAGUUUGUCGAGGGGCGCUUACGAGAGAUUCGCCAGCUCACGGACCCGGCUCGAUGGUGUCACUGCGACGGGAAAAGCAACCCGGCUGACUUGCUCACGAGGGGAAUCACCACGACUGAGCUGCUCCACAGCAAGCUGUGGUGGACCGGUCCACCCUGGUUAUUUGGCAACGUGGAUGGUCUCGUAGCGGCCCAAAACGCAUCUCCGCAUUUCCGGAUCGAGGAGGCCUGUUGCGCCAUCGCUGUUCAGCAUCGGGACCCCCUUCUUCAACGCGAAGAUCACAGCUCCCUUAACCGCGUGCUCCGUGUGACAGCAUACGUGCUCAGGUACAUCAACAACACCCAGAGACCCCAGUCGAAACACAGUGGCUCACUCUCAGCGGAAGAGCUACACUCAGCAGAGCUGCUCUGGGUCAGUUGGACUCAGUUGGAAUCUUUCCCCACUGAAAUCGAUGACCUACAGACGAGACGCCCCAUCUCUUCUUCAUCGGCCGUCUUGCUAUUGAACCCGUAUAUCGACGAGAAUUCAUUACUCCGCGUCGGUGGUCGUCUGAGGUACGCCGACGAAAGCGACAGCGUACGGCAUCCCAUCCUUCUGCCGUCCAGACACCGAUUCACAGAGCUGCUCGUGCUCGACAUGCACUGUCGUCUACACCACACAGGAGUUCAAGACACACUCUGUGAAAUUCGCCAGAAGUAUUGGAUUGUAAGGGGUCGACAGACGGUUCGUCGCGCUCUUCAUACGUGUCUACAAUGCAAACGACAACGACUGUAUUCGGAAACAGCACCUGUCGCUCCUCUCCCGCGGGAAAGGAUCACACCCACGAGUCCUUUCGACGUAGUAGGGGUGGAUUUUGCUGGACCGCUCUAUGCAUUUGACAAUAACGAACAGCGGAAGGCGUACAUCGUCCUUUUCUCAUGUGGCGUUACCCGCGCGAUCCACCCCGAAUUGGCGACCGGGAUGUCCACUCAACACUUCCUCGGCGCAUUUAGGCGUUUUGCGUCCCGACGCGGGGCCCCGUCACUGAUCAUGUCAGAAAACGCUCGCACCUUCCAUCAGACGUCACGGAUUCUCUCCACCGUGUCCUCAGAAGUGCAAGACUUUGCCGCCAGGAAUCGCAUCAAAUGGAGGUUUAUUGUCGAAAGAGCACCAUGGUGGGGCGGAUGGUGGGAGAGGAUGGUCAGAUGCGUGAAGGGCUCCCUCAGGCGUUGCUUAGGAAGGCGCCAUUUGACAUAUGAAGAUCUUACAACAGCCUUAUGCGAAGUAGAAUGCAUAGUGAAUUGCCGGCCGCUGACGUAUGUGGAUUCCGAUCCCGCCGCCCUGCACCCUUUGACUCCUGCAGACUUCCUCGUAGGGAAGCGCUUGACUGCCACCCCAACACCGGGCGAAGUUGCACAGCCGUUGGACGCAGGGAGACUCAAGCACUACCUGAAAGCACAGGAUAGUCUUCGCCAGCAGUUCUGGAGCAGGUGGCGCAAGGAAUACCUUUUCCAGCUGAGAUCCGCGCAUAUGGCGAGACGGGACCCGGAGAGUCAACUGAGGGUCGGAGAUGUGGUCGUCAUCCACGAAAGAGGACCGCCGCUUCUGUGGAAGCUCGGCCGCGUAACUCAGACCAUUCCCGGACGCGACGGUGUUGUUCGUGCCUUUGCUGCACCACUUGGAAGGGGAUAUCGCACCACCGGUGGCCCGGGAGGAUGA